GCCUCUGAGCUGGCAAUAUAUAUUGAGCCCCUGAUGCCACCACACAGUGACUGGCACACCCCGGAUCUGCUCAUCACACCCAUUCUGGUUCAAUAUGGCAACUGAUCACCAGAACCCUGCAACCAAGCAAAAGCAACCAGCUACCAGUGCCUUCAAGUUGGUGAUCUAUGAACAGGAAAACUUUCAAGGCCGCUGUCAUGAGCUGACUGGGCCCUGUAACAACCUCCAGGAGGCGAGCAUGGAGAAAGUGGGCUCAAUACUGGUGCUGUGUGGACCGUGGGUGGGAUAUGAGCUGCCCGACUGUAAGGGGGAACAGUUUGUAUUUGAGAAGGGUGAGUAUCCUCGCUGGGAUGCCUGGACCAACAGCAGACGCAGUGACUGCAUAUUCGCCUUCCGCCCCAUCAAAGUGGACAGCCAGGAACACAAGAUUGUGCUGUACGAGAACCCAAGCUUCGCUGGGAAGAAGAUUGAGAUAAUAGACGAUGAUGUUCCAAGCUUCCACGCACAUGGAUACCAUGAGAAAGUCUCCUCAGUUUGUGUGCAGAGUGGCACCUGGGUUGGCUAUCAGUACCCUGGAUACAGAGGCUACCAGUACUUGUUUGAGAAAGGAGAGUAUAAGGAGUGUUCUGAGUUUGGGGCCGUGCUGCCUCAGAUCCAGUCGGUGAGACGCAUUCGUGACAUGCAAUGGCACCAAAGAGGGGCCUUCCUCCCCUCUAUCUAAACGGCCAGCAUUCCCAGAUUCUGACAUGUCCCUUUCUUUCCCUAAUCUUCACUUUUGAAUGCUAAGCUUUUACACCCCUUACAAUUGUGUCAGGUAUUCAAUUUGCUACUGCAGAUAAAUAAAUAUCUGAUUUUGCGUUA